UUUUCAGUUAAGAGGUUGAUUAAAAAUGUCAGAGAGUAAAGUUGAAUCACAUUGAACCAAUACUAGCUGAUGAAACAGACUUAAUAAAGUCCUGAUAAUCAAAGUAAUAACUCCUAAUGGACUUAAUGUUCUUCUGUUAUUGAACUCCUUUGAAGGAAGGGGAAAGUUAACAGCUGAGCUGGAGAUGAAAUGAGAUGAAUGAAGCUGUUAACAGUUGAAUAAACAGUUUCCAUGUUCAGUCAUCAUCACAUCAUCUCUCACUUCAAACCAUCAAAGAGGUCAGGGGUCAAAUCAAAGUCCAGAGUCCUCUCAGGUCCCACUGAAGUCCAGGAGUCUCAUUAACACAUUAAAGACCUGUCAGGUGUUUGAUGGAGGAGCCACACUUUAAAGCUCCUCCUGGACCCCCUGCAGAGUCCACGAGCUUUACUCUGACCCUGAUCAUGGACGGGACCACAGUGACGGACUUCAGCAUCGAGAGGAUCCUGUCCCCCCAGAUGGGACUCAAGCCGCAGAGCAAGCACCGAGCCCCGGACGGGUACCUGCAGGGGAUCCCCGGGGGGUUCAGUCCGGAUUACACAGGGCACUUCAGACCUCCUGGGGCCUUCACGGUCCCGGUCCCGGUCCCGGUCUCGGUGCCAGGCUGCCUGCAGUACUCGGGGAUGAAGUUUGGAGAACCGUUUUACGGAGUCCAUCACAGGGACUUCAGCUUCCAUCCAAACACAGGAGUUUACCUGCGCUACAGCCAGCAGGACCCCACAGCAGGUUAUCAAUGUUACCACCAAGCAGCCGUGUCUGCGCAGCCGCAGCAGCAGCAGCAGCAGCAGCGUCAGAAGCCCCGGAUGAGGACGGUGUUCACGGACAGUCAGUCCAAACAGCUCGAGGCUCUGUUCGAGUCCACGGACUAUCCCACGGUGGAUGCGCGCGCAGAUGUGGCGAGGCGCACCGGGCUGAGUGAGGAGACCGUCAGGGUUUGGUUCAAGAACCGCCGAGCCCGCAGGAAGAGGCAGCGCAGCGGGUCCAAGGUCAAGUCCCCCUCCCCGCCCCCUUCCACAGGAGCAGAGAGGAGGAUCUUCAGCUCCUUCCUCUGAACCUGACGGACCGUCCACCUGCUGCUCAGAGGUCGAACUCACCUCCUGCAGCCGCCUUCAGAGGUCAAAGGUCACCUCAGGACACUUCAAACAUCUGCUCACUGCAGCUGCUCUGAUGAUGCGUUUAGGAGCUGCUGGGAAAGUCAGACAUUUGAGGACUUGAAGUUUGGAUCUCCAGUUUUAAUUUAUUUUGUAAAUGUAUUUAUUGAAAUCUGCUUUUUAAAAACACUGUUUUGGAAACACGAGCGCCUUUUGUUACCUUGAAUAUUGAAAUAAAUGUGGUUAUAAAAUCA